AAAUAUUUUUUGACUGAGUUUUGUGGGGGGUAUGCCCCAUUCUGAAGAAGUUGAUGAUUUUACUGUCUCACUUAGUUUUUCCUUCCAGAAUGCGUUCUGGGUGGGUUUCCUGGAUGGUGGUUCUGCAAGUGAGUGUAAUCAGGCUGGAUUCCUCCAUGACUCAAGGCAGAGACUCUCCAGAAGAUUUUGUGAUUCAGGCAAAGGCUGACUGUUACUUCACCAAUGGGACAGAGAAGGUGCAGUUUGUGGUGAGAUUCAUUUUUAACUUGGAAGAGUAUGCACGUUUCGACAGCGAUGUGGGAAUGUUUGUGGCAUUGACAGAGCUGGGGAAGCCUGAUGCUGAGCUGUGGAACAAUCGGCCGGAUAUAUUGGAGAGGAGUAAAGCUUCUGUGGAUGCACUCUGCAGACAUAACUACAAGCUGGGUGCACCCUUCACUGUGGGGAGAAAAGGUGAGGUGGAAGUGCAACCAGAGGUGGCGGUGUAUCCAGAGAGGACCCCAUCCCUGCAACACCACAAUCUGCUGCUUUGCUCUGUGACAGGUUUCUAUCCAGGGGACAUCAAGAUCAUGUGGUUCCGGAAUGGGCAGCAGGAGAGAGUAGGGGUCAUGUCCACUGGCCUUAUCAGGAAUGGAGACUGGACCUUUCAGACAAUGGUGAUGCUGGAAAUGACUCCUGAACUUGGAGAUGUCUACACCUGCCUUGUUAAUCAUUCCAGCCUGCUGAGCCCUAUUUCUGUGGAGUGGAGAGCUCAGUCUGCAUAUUCUUGGAGAAAGAUGCUAAGUGGAAUUGCAGCCUUCCUGCUUGGGCUGAUCUUCCUUCUGGUGGGGACUGUCAUCUGCCUCAGGGCUCAGAAAGGGUAUGUGGAGACGCAGUUGUCUGGUGAUGAGGUCUCAAGAGCAGUUCCCUCACCAUAGCCACACUAAGGUCCCAAUCAGAGCUUCUUGCCCUGGAGGCUGAAAUAGUACCGAAUGACUUGAGUCCAAGUGACUAAGUAAAGGACUCUCAUGAGGUCCAUGUUCCGGAGCUACUUCCAUGAGUCCUUGGAGGAGUCCUGACUUGAUUCUAGAGUUCUGUUUUCUGAGAUCAUCUCUCACUCGUCUGCCCUUCUUCCUCCUCCUUGCCUGUGCCAUUAGUCCCCAUUUCCAAGGAUAGUGUACAGAAAUUCCCACCAAAGCUGACUCCCACCAGCCCCAACCUGCAUACCUCCUAUGGUCCAGCUCUAACCUUGUGAGUUAUCCUCAUGUCUUCCUGUUUCCAACUGCACUCUCCACUGUCUCCAGAAGACAAAUGCUCAGAGGCACUGUUUCCUUUUCACCGUUUUUUAUGACCUUUUUUAUUGUAAAAUAAAACUGAGGAACAGAUAACCAUA